UAGUACGCAUAAUAUAAGCAGGAAAUUGACAUAUUUGACAAAUAAUAUGAGAUAAAGCCUUUUACUGAACAUGUAAGAUACUAAAACUUAUAUUAAACGCGCUAUACUCUUAACAGAACAAGAGUAUCAGACAAUAUCAGUACUUUAAAAGUUUCCUCUCACUAAACAAGUGCAUAGAUUUUAUUAAAGCUUUUAUUAACUUAAAUACUUUUAAAAGGUUUUAUUAAAAAUAUAUUUCUAAAGUUUACUACAGUUGAGUAAUCAAUAUGGCUACAAAAAGAAAAGUAUCGAUUAUGGGCGACAGAAAUAGGGAGAAAAAAGUAUCUAUAGCUGAAUCAAAAGUCGAUUUUACAAAAAUUCAGGACUCCAAGGAAAGGGAGAUACAUAUUUUAGGUUAUGACGCAAGCAACAAAGGACCAAUGAUAGGAGCUCGUCAUAUACAAAUGCUUUUAUUAUUUGUAUGCUUAACUAUAGGAUUUGCAAUGAGAACGAAUCUUAGUGUCGCUAUUGUUGCUAUGACUGAUCCAAACUCUGCUCCUGCAGAUUGUAACGUUCCUUAUUACACCUGGAAUAACAGAAGUAUCAUCUUAUCCUCAUUUUUUUGGGGUUACGUAUGUCUUCAAGUCGCCGCCGGAUAUUUGGGAAGAAAAUAUGGACCCAAAUAUUUCCUACUGUGUACUUUUUCCAUUAAUUGUGUUGCUUUUAUGUUCAUCCCACUUGCUGCGAAAACUCUUGGAUCGACGGGAGUAAUAAUUUGUAGGAUCGUUCAAGGUUUAACCCAAGGUUUUAUGUUUCCAUCUUCACAUACUAUAUUAGGAAAAUGGGCACCUACAGAAGAACGGUCCACUAUGGGUAUUCUGGUAUAUUCAGGUGUGAGUUUUGGAUCAGUGAUAGCCUACAUAGUGGCAGGGUACAUAUCUUCUUCAUGCGCUGGUUGGCCAGCUACCUUUUAUCUUUUCGGCGGUCUCGGAAUUGGUUGGAGCAUUUUCUAUUUGAUUUUUGGACAAAAUAAUCCAGCCAGUCAUCCUUAUAUAACGCCAGAAGAAAGAAGAUAUAUCGAGGUAUCAUUAGACCAAACUGAAGACACGGAUUUUCCGGUUCCUUGGAAAGAAAUGCUGACUAGUAAACAUGUUUGGGCUAUUUUUAUCGCUAAUACUGGAGGAUCUUGGGGAUAUGCGAUGAUGAUGACGCAGAUUCCUACGUACUUAAAAAAUGUCAUGGGAUUUACUAUAGCAACCAGCGGUGUAGUCAGCGCAGUACCUUACAUCGUAGGGACAAUUACGGGCCUUAUAUUUGCUCCAUUAUGUGACUUUUUAAUUAUGAAAGGAUUUGUCUCAGUACUGAAUGCCAGGCGAAUAUUCCAACUUUUUGGUGCCUAUGGAAUGGUCAUAUGUCUACUUCUACUGGGAUACACAGACUGCACAAAAACGACAGCAGUUCUUUUACUAGCCUUAGGAAAUGCCGCAUAUUCGGCUACAUUAGUAGGAUACAGUGUAAAUCAUGUUGAUUUAUCACCCAGAUUUUCGGGAAUAUUGCAGGGAAUAAGUAACGGCACUAGUCAAGGAAUCGCUAUAUUUGCACCUGUAUUGGUACAGUUUGUUGUUACAGGAGAUCAGACAGAUGCUUCCCAGUGGAGAAUAAUAUUUUUGGUGACUGCAAUAAUAUAUUUUGUAUGUGCCACAAUUUUCGCCAUAUUCGCGUCAGCAACACGACAAAAGUGGGACGGACCUUCAACUGAAAGUAGGGCCAGAGCUGAAAGGAUUAAAAAACAGUCCGUGAUUAGCGUCACCGGAUAUUAGAAUUUAUUUAAAACUUAGUAAGCACGUUAGAUAUGUGAAUGAUCAAACUUUGUUUGGUCCAAAAUGUAUAUAAAAAUUGGUACCUUAUAGUUUUGUAUUAAAAAAAUUACUGUAUA